AUGUCCACCAUGGAGCAAGGAGCYGCCGGCACUGCCGUGUCCUGGGAUGAAGGUGAGGAGGCCUUUGAGUGCUGUGACGUUACCAUCCGCAGCGGGGAGCAGGUUUCCGACGUGUACACCCAGCUGGAGAAGCUCGGCGAGGGGAAGUUCGGGACCGUGUACAAGCUGCAGGAAAAGGCMACCGGCAAGAUCCGGGCCGGGAAGUAUUUCCGGACGCGGACGCCCAAAGAGAGGCAGGCGGCUCAGGCCGAGGUGGAGCUCAUGAACCUGCUGCAUCACCCGCGUCUCGUGCAGUGUCUCGCCGCCUUCCAGAGCCCCCGGGAGCUGGUGAUGGUGAUGGAGUACGUUGCCGGCGGGGAGCUCUUUGAACGCAUCGUGGACGACGACUUCGAGCACACAGAGCCCAGCAGCAUCCAGUACAUGCGGCAGAUCCUGGAGGGGCUCCAGUACAUGCACGGCCAGGCUAUCGUCCACCUGGACCUCAAACCYGAGAACAUCGUCUGUGUCAGCCCGAGCAGCCACUGGCUCAAGAUCAUUGACUUCGGCCUGGCGCGGAAGCUGGCUCCAGGCACCCCCGUGAAGGUGCUGCAUGGGACCCCCGAGUUCAUGGCUCCAGAAGUGGUCUCCUUUGAACCCGUGGGCCUUGCCACGGACAUGUGGAGCAUCGGUGUCAUUUGCUAUAUCCUGYUGAGUGGGGAGUCGCCCUUCCAGGGGGAUAACGACAUGGAGACCUUGAGCAACGUCACAGCUGCCCAGUGGAAGUUUGAGGAGGAGACCUUCUCGGAGGUCUCCCAGCAGGCCAAAGCCUUCAUCAGGCAGCUGCUGCAGAAGGACGCCCGACGCCGGCUCUCCAGCAGCCAGGCCCUGCUGCACCCCUGGCUGCAGCAGCCGGUGCAGAGCAGCACCAAGGCGCUCUCCAAGGAGAGGAUCAAGCAGUUCCUGACGCGCCGCAAGUGGCAGAAAACGGGCAAAGCGCUGCUGGCCCUCAACAGACUGGCCCUGCGCUCUCCAAACCUGGCCGGGGACACGACCAACAGCCUGGGCGAGGAAGGUGACAGUCCCUGCGAGUGCUGA